GCCCACCUUAUACAGGCUCCGCUCUGGCCCCUACAGCCAAGCAGCGGGAGGCCUGAGGCACCAGGCCAGGGUGCUCCAACCCACGGGCCCCAAAACAGAGGCCCUGGGCCCUGGGCCGGGAGGGGCGUGGCCCAAGAUGGGGUGCCAGUGGGAGUGGAGUCCCCGCCCCUGGGAGGGGAAUUUUUGUUGAAGAAGUUGGGCGGGCCUACGCACCCUGCCUCCACCUAGAAUCUGGCUGGCUGGCUGGCUGGCUGGCUGGCUGGCAGUCACUCCCUGACACACAGAUCCCCAAACCUGGGGCGGGGCUGGGGCAGAUCCUGUUGGGGACGGAACGUAGGGCCUAGGAGCUGGCCCAGGAGCUGGGGACUAAGUGAAGUUCACGUUGAGUGAGGCCCGAAGCCAGGAGGAGGCAGCCAUUGCUGUAAGGUCAGUGCCAGACCCUGCCCCAGAGGGCCACACUGAACUUCAUGGCCCUACCCACCCCCAUCGCAGCCCUGGAGUCCCCGCCCACCCAUCCUGACUCCUGCCCUGGGGCUGCCACCCCUGAACUGUGCCCUAGGGCCCCCACUCAUGGCCCCACUGACCUCAGCUCUGGGCUCACCGGUCCGCCUUCGGCCUCUCUGGGCCCUGAGCACCUGGAUUCACUGUGCCAGGUGCUGGCAGACGACGGGUCAGACAGCAGGGCCCCUGCGAACCUCCAUGGUGCCAGGAUUCUGGACAGUGAACCCCUGCUGGGGGCAGCAGUCAUAGACUGCCCCUGGGCCCCCACAGAGGACGGGGACGAAGACAAGGAGGAGCAGGCCGGGGAGCAGGGGGAGGAGGAGGAGUGUCCCGUCUGCACAGAGCCCUACCGGUCCGGCGAGCACCAGCUGGCCCUGCUGAACUGCGGUCACAACCUGUGUGCAGGCUGCCUGCACCGGCUGCUGGGCGCGGCCCCCAGUGCCGACCUGGGCCGGGUGCGCUGCCCGCUGUGUCGCCAGAAAACACCCAUGCUUGAGUGGGAGAUCUGCCGGCUGCAGGAGGAGCUGCUGCAGGCCGACGGGCCCCAGCGCCCCGCACCCGCUGCUCCCCUCGGGCCCCUCCUCCAGGGCCCCGGGCCCUGGGCCUGCCUAGAGCACCGCUACCAGCUGCGCUUCCUGACGAGGCCCCUAGGCGGCCGAGGCUGCCUGCCCUUCCUGCCCUGCCCGCCCUGCCUGGGUGCCUGGCUCUGGGCCCUGCGGGAACGAGGGCCCUGCGCCCGCCGCAUGGCGCUGCUGGGCUUGCUAGCCCUCGAGUUGCUGGGGCUGCUGCUCAUCUUCACGCCGCUCAUGCUGCUGGGGCUGCUCUUCGUGCUGCUGGACGGCUCCGGCCGCUGAGAAGAGCCCGCCAGGUCUGCCACCAGCACGGCCUGGGCUUGAGGUAGCCGUGGCCACCAACGGAUGGGAGGCCCAGACUGGCCCAGCCCCUGGAGCCGUGGGGCCUGGGGAGCAUUGUGCGCUGAGGCCUGAUGACCAGGCUGAAGAACCCAAGGUCGAUCAGGGCACUAACUUUCAACCCAGACCCAAGGCUCGGACCCAGGGCCACCCGGAAGCCUCUGACCCAGCCGGAGACUCCACACUGCCCUGCUGCCCAGACGCUAGCCAGUGGUGCCUAAGGACAGCACCAGAGGAGGUCUGUGACCAGGGCCCAAAGUGCCCUUCGAGGAACAGGCCCCAUGCUGACACUGGGCUGUCCCCGCUCUCCAGCCUGGCCUGUCUGCAAGAGGGGCACAGACACCGCGGACACAAAAAUGAACAGAGGCCUGGGUCAAGUGCUCGGAAUGGGUGGGGCCCUCGGCAGGCACCAGCCCACGUUCCAGAUGAGAGUCAAGUGUGUGUUCCAAGGUCAGGGUAGCCGAGGGGAGGGCCCCUGCUGCACAGGCCCGGCCCACAAAGGGCCUCCUCUGCCGCCGGGCUGGGGUCCAAGUGGCGGCCCUGAGCAGCCCCAGGGGUGGAGGGGAGUGGCAGUACAUGCCCCUCAGCCACAAGGGACCAGGGCGGGCCCUGGGGCCGAAGGCACCCUCACUCCCCUACAGCCCCCCAUGGCUGAGCCUGGGGCCUUUAUUUGAGGGACAGACGCAGUCACAGCACCCCCCUCGUGGGCUCGGUGGUGGCACGCCGAGCCCUAUGCCCGGCACAAGAGAUGCUGUCAAUAAACAGCUGCUCCUGACA